AUGUCCAGCGCAACGUUUUCUCAAACCAGAACCCAGGCACUCAAUUUAGAGAAGAAAACAGAGUCCCUUCUAUCCCAAUAUUCCAAGUACCAAAACUCAGACAUAUCCGGCGAAGCAAACGAUGAAGAAACUCAGCUAGUAGAAGAAAUUACUGAUUUGUUGACCAAAAGAGAUUCACUCAUAAACAAACUAAAUAGAAUAAGCGACAGUGACUCAAAUAUAUCCACGUCGAAAUUACAGCAAUUGACAAGACAUAAAGAAAUCUUGAACGACCAAAAACUGUCGUUUAGUAAAAUUCAAUCGAAAAUCUUGGACGAAAGAAACCGUUCUAAUCUAUUGUUUCUGGUUAGAUCAGAUAUCAACGCCCAUAAACAGCGAUCCGCCAAUUAUCAGCAGAAUUCUCUCAAUGAUAAUGAUUAUAUAUUGGAUGAAAGAACAAGAGUCGAUAAUACCAACUCUUUUGCCGAUCGGUUACUAAGAUCUGCUUAUGAAACCAGAGACGAACUACUCCAACAAAGAGUUCAUCUCAAUAAUGCAUCUUCUAAAAUGAUGGGGGUUUUAUCUUCAAUCCCGGGUAUAAACGUAUUGAUUUCCAAAAUCAAUACUAGAAGGAAAAGAGAUACUUUGAUUCUAGCUUCGGUUAUUUCUGUCUGUAUUCUAUUCUUAUUCUUCUUCUAG